AUGCUUCGAUUCGUCCUCUUUGCCAUUGGAGCUUUCGCCAUGACUGAGGCGGUUUGCACGAAUGCCUAUUCUUCAUGCACGAGUUGGGCGGCGAACGGUUUCUGCACGAACAGCUUCUACACGGCCGCUCAACGAACCUCGUAUUGUGCCUUGUCAUGUGGCGCCUGUACAACCUCGUCGACUUCGUGCUCGGAUUUGAACUCGAACUGUGCUACCUGGGUGGCCAAUGGCUUCUGCACGAACACCGCCUACACGAGUGCCCAAAUUGCCGCCUAUUGCCCGUCAAGUUGCUCACUCUGCUCGUCGACCACGGCCACCACCAGCACCGCGUCCACCGCGUCCACAUCAACCGCUUCCUCGUCAUCAACCGCCUCCACAUCGACAGCCAGCACGUCAACCACCGCUGCUGCUGGCAAGAAGAAA